CUAGUCGGCGGCGCUGCGCUCGGCCACCUGGACGCGCUUCUCGCUCGCAGCCCAGUCGCUGUUGAUUCCUGGACCUUGAAGGAUACAUCUACAUUUUUGUUUCCAGGAAACUUCGAGAGACAAGAUGGAACAGAGCAACAACAAAGAGGGCAACAGUGCGGUUGAUGGUAAUUUUGACCUUCCCAUCAAGAAGGCAAUUAAUUUUUCCCCUCCGUUGUACAGACAGAGAUACAGCUUUGUUAACGAUCUAGUGAAUCGCCACAAACCCAAGAAGGUUGCAGACUUGGGGUGUGGCAAUGCUUCCCUCAUACAGAUGAUUAAGUCACACAGUUGCCUGGAACUGAUUGUUGGAGUAGACAUCAAUAUAGAUAAAAUAGGAUCGCAAAGGUGUAGACUGUCUCCGUUCUCUGGGGAGUAUCUAAGUCCCCGGGAUCUGAAUUUGUCUAUCACCUUGUACCACGGCUCCGUUGUCGAGAGGGACUCUCGUUUGCUUGGAUUUGACUUAGUGGCCUGUAUUGAGUUAAUAGAGCAUCUGGACUCAGAAGACCUGGCCAGGUUUCCCGAAGUCGUGUUUGGGUACCUGUCUCCAGCCAUGAUCGUCAUCAGCACACCAAACUCUGACUUCAACCCCCUGUUCCCGGCAGUGACCUUAAGAGAUUCAGAUCACAAGUUUGAGUGGAACAGGAAGCAGUUUCAGACUUGGGCCUUAGGUGUGGCAAAUUUCUACGGUUACUCGGUGGAGUUUACUGGGGUCGGGGAGCCGCCAGAAGGAGCUGGGAACGUCGGCUACUGUACCCAGAUAGGGGUCUUCCAGAAAAUCGGAGCACCGGCGACCAGAUCGGGUGCUGCAGAGCAGUGUGAUCGACAUGUUUAUAAGAUUGUUUAUUCAGUCUCCUACCCGAGUUUACAGCAAAAAGAGGUCCGCAAACUCGCAUUGGCAAAUGAGGUGUCUCGACAAGUGCAAAGCCUGAGGCACAGAUACGUGUCGAGCCUGAGGAUACUGCGGAAUGGCCACGAACACGGUCACAGGCUCAGCGACACCGGGCUCGUCACAUUUUCUGGACCGGUCUUCACAGAACUUGAGAAACUGAGAAUAGAGAAGUCUCCCAGACCUUUCUGCUUCGGGAACAAGCUGUACGUGCCGCUGGAAAGGCUCCUCGCGUACCCCAAGGUGAGCCGCUUGUGUGGUGACGUGGCCACGAUGCGGGCGCUCAUCGGCGACACCGUGAGGCUGAGCAGCGACGGCUCCGCCGUGAAGGUCAACCUGCGCGACGAGAGCCCCUGA